UUACACGCAACAAAUACUCUCGAGAUAUCUCCGUCUCGUGUCGUCUCGUCUCGUCUCUCUAUCCCUCUCGAAUGGACUCUCUGGUAGCGAGCUACGCUUCGUCGGACGAAGAAGAAGAACUCGAGCCAUCUACACAAUCCCUCACCGUAAAAUCAUCAUCUUCUUCCUCCGUGUUCUCAGCUAUUCCUCAACCUAACCAAUCCAGAUCUUCCAAAGACGAGGCUUUUAAUUCAUCUUCGUCGUCUUUCCUCUCCUCUCUCCCUCCUCCCAAAUCCUCCACCUCUCGCCAACAAAACCCAUCUCCGUCCUUACCUAAACGCGUCGUUCAGAUCAAGCUUCCUGUAAACCCUAGACCGACCAAUCUCGAUGACGAAGACGACGAAGAAGAGGAGAAAGCGAGGAAGAAGCGUAAACAGAUGGAAUCCGCCGCUGCGGCGUCAAACAAUUCGUCAGUGAAAUCCUUCUUAUCCGCCAUGCCUGCUCCAAAGAGCUCUCAAGCACUCGGCGCUCUUCCUUCACUGGGGUCAGGAUCAGGAUCGGGGCGAAGAUCGAUUCUUGAAACAGAGACGCCAAGUACUGAUCAAACGCAGUCGUUUAGUAGCGAGGCGGAACAAGUAGAUGCUGGAUACGAGCAGAACCCUAGUGGAAAUGUGGAUGCUUUUGGUUACGGUGGAUAUGAGCAGAACUCUAGUGGAAGUGGAGAUGUUGUGUCUGCUUAUGAUGGUGGUAAUGCUUGGAACGGUGGUGGUGGGUUUGAAGGGACGACGGGAGUGCCUGAGGCGUUUAUGGCGAUGGAUAGUGGUGCGAGGAGAGGAAGGAGAGGGAGGAAUGAUUUUCCCACGGAGAUAGUUGAGGUUAAGCAGGAUGAGCUCAUGAAGAAUAGGCCAAGAGUUGAUCAAGUUAAAUCUACUGGGAUUGCCUUUGGUCCUGCGUAUCAGAUCUGUUUGCUACAAGAACUAGGGAGUUGUCUGUGAUUCGUCUGAUUUGCCUGAGUCAUCCUCAUCUAAGGGGAAAGUGUCAAAGCUUCAUAAGAGAAAGCAUCAGAUCACUGCCUUAUUCAUGGACAUGAAGCACAAAGAGUCGGAGCUAGCAGAGAGGCGUUCAAAAGGAUUGCUCACUAAAGCCGAGACACAAGCUAAAUACGGAUGGUGAUUUGCUCUUUGUUUCUCUUAAUCAUGUGAGAUUGGCAACAGAUUUUCUGUAACUCUUUUUCUUUUCUUUUCUAAGCUUUGAAUGUAAUACUCAUUUACUUAUAUGAAUGAAUCUACACUCAGCAGAAUGCUUUACAAGGCUUUA